AUGUCGUCCUCCAAGGAUAAGAAGCCUCUGCCCUUCAUUUACCAAUUCACCGCCGGCGCGGUAGCCGGUGUUUCUGAAGUACCCAUUGGAUGUCGUCAAGACGCGAGUUUGCAAAAGGGUGCUGGUGUCGGUGAGGAGGCGUACAAGGGCAUGUUUGACUGCUUCAGCAAGAUCAUCAGGCAUGAAGGCGUCUCCCGUCUCUACCGCGGUAUCACCGCCCCUAUCCUGAUGGAGGCUCCCAAGCGUGCCACCAAGUUCGCCGCCAACGACAGCUGGGGUGCGUUCUACCGUAAGCUUUUUGGUGUUCAGAAACAGACCCAGUCGCUGGCCGUCCUGACUGGUGCCACCGCCGGUGCGACUGAAGCCUUUGUGGUUGUCCCCUUUGAGCUGGUCAAGAUCCGUCUGCAGGACAAGGCCUCGGCGGGCAAGUACAAGGGAAUGCUGGAUGUCGUUGGCAAGAUCAUCAAGGAAGAGGGCCCUCUGGCGCUGUACAACGGCCUCGAGUCCACCCUGUGGCGUCACAUCCUCUGGAACGGCGGCUACUUUGGAUGCAUUUUCCAGGUGCGCGCGCUGCUGCCCAAGGCGGAGGAGGGGAACCGGUCGCAGCAGAUCCGCAAUGACCUGAUCGCCGGUACGAUCGGCGGCACGGCCGGCACGAUCCUCAACACGCCCAUGGACGUGGUCAAGUCGCGUAUCCAGAACAGCCCCAAGAUCCCGGGCCAGGUGCCCAAGUACAACUGGGCCUGGCCAUCCGUCGGCCUGGUGUUCAAGGAGGAAGGCUUCGGCGCGCUCUACAAGGGAUUCAUCCCCAAGGUUCUGCGGCUGGGUCCCGGAGGCGGUAUCCUGUUGGUCGUCUUUACCGGUGUGAUGGACUUUUUCCGAAAGAUCCGUGGAGAGUAA